AAGAGAGAAGCAGCCAAAGGUCAAUGCAAGGCAGUUGGCUGUAGGGGUAAUGAUUUCAAGGAAGACAGAUGAGAGGAACUGGGAAGAGAGAGAAGAGUUGUUAAUUUAGUUUCUGGGGAUUUAUUAAGCAUUUUUUAAAAAUAUUUUUCUAGAUUUUUUUAGUAUUAUCUGGAAAAGUGUGCAGAGAUUUCAUGGAGUAGUAUUAGAAACAGAAGCAAGAGUUUUUUUUUGCAGGUAUUAUCAGUGCUUCUCAAGGAAUUUUACAGUGCCUUCCUUCGUCUUAUUCCUUUCCCCUCGUGAUCUCUUCUUCUUCUCUUUCCUCUUAUUUUAUUUGUUGCACUUUUCUUUGUUGCUGCUUUGUACCUAGACAAUUCCAACAAGAUUGAAACAGCCCAGGGUUCCAGGUGAAAGAAAGAUAGACCCUUUAAAAAAAGGGUUUUCUUUUUUGUUUGUUGCUAAGUGAGAAUCUUGGUGAAAGGUUUGAAAGGAUAUGCCUUUGGCCAUAAAGGAGUGACCUUCUUUCAUACCCCAUUUGAAGAUUUUUUUUGAGGAGGUUGAAGAAGAAAGGAAGGGAAAUGGGUAGCUGUGGGAGGAGUGGUGCAGUGAGGCAAUAUAUAAGAUCAAAGGUGCCUCGUUUGAGAUGGACACCUGAGCUUCAUCACUGUUUUGUUCAAGCCAUUAACAGACUUGGUGGUCAAGACAAAGCUACACCGAAGCUCGUUCUUCAACUCAUGGAUGUGAAAGGACUCACCAUUUCUCAUGUGAAAAGCCAUCUUCAGAUGUAUAGGAGCACGAGGAGUGAUCCCAGCAGACAAGAUAGGAGUUGUUCAACCCUUCAAAGAACUGAGAAACAUGUUGAGUGUAUUGUGGAUGCUUCAAAGACGAUUGAAGAAUCAGAUUCUCAACUGAUAUACUGUCCUCUUCCUUCAAAAAGGGCUAGAAUCGAGACCAAGAGUUCUUCAAUCUCUGAUCAGAAUCCGUACUUUGUUGAUGAUUAUCUGCAGCAGACCAUUGCUGUUCAUAAUGGAAUAAAGCAGCAUGGUCAUGGUGCUUUCUUAUGGGAACACGCUCAAGGUCAAUCCAUUGCCACCACCUUGGAAGAAUCCGAUUUCCUUAAGGUUUCCAAGGUAGGUGACAAACACGUCGAUGACGGGGAAGAAGACGACGACAAAGUCGAUGGCUGUGAAUUAUCGCUGUCGCUCUCGUUGCAACGUCCGUCUCCUCAGAGCGAGAUCAGCAGCGGCGGCAGCGAGGUGUUGUCGUUGGUCUCGGGGUCUAAUUACAAAGACUGCUCCGGCUCAUAUUCAUGCAACCUUACUAGUAUGAACUUGGAUCUGUCUAUUGCUCUUUGUGGAACCUGAUGUCUAAUUUCUUUCUUUUCUAUCUUCAGUCUUAUAAUAUUAUUGUAUUUUUCUG